AACUUGUAGACGUCGUUCAAACAACAGUUCAGCCAAACGGUACUUACAAGAUGCAUGUUGGAAUUGAGGGCAAUCCUGCUCCUCUUACUACAUUUACGUCGUUAUCUGAUCACAAGAUAUGGUUCAAUCAAGCGGACAAGGAAGGAAACUUCACAAUCAAUAUUGCCAAAAUGAACUGCACUAACACUGAUAGCUAUAUUCUUACAUGUGAAAAUAGUAUUGGAGAGGAUUCCAGAACGGAGGACAUUUAUGUAGCAUGUGUACCAGAUCCCGUGACUAACAUACAUGCGAAUGGUAUCACUACUAGCGAGGCAAGAAUAGAUUUUACCACUGGCAAUGCUUUCAAUACUGAGCAAUUCUUCUACAUUAUGAGAAUAACGGACGGUCAGUUACAAGAUUUGCACGUGAAUGUAACGGACAUAGGAGAUGACAGUGGUGGGAAGCCGUUCUUUGUGACGAUCAAGAAUCUCAAUCAGUCAACAUCGUACAAUAUAACAGUUAUAUCGGGAAAUAGAUUGGGGAAUUCAACAGGGCCAUCAAGCUUUGUCAAUUUCGAAACAUAUGGAAAACCAGAACCGGACCAAAAGUUUGUUGUAAACAAAACCUUUAAACCACGACUCGGCGAGUCUGUGUCCCUAAUUAUUCAUUCUCGGGGCAAACCACCACCUUCUUACACGUGGUUACAUAACGGAACAUUGAUAAAUAGCACUGGUGACAACGAUACCAGCAUAGUUGACCUUGAGGCAAUCGUUGUUGACAACUUUGGGAUAUACAAUCUCACUAUGGACAAUAUCUAUGGAACGUACGCUGUAGAGUAUGAAGUACUGGCAGACGGACCUCCAGAACCGGUUUCUAAUGUACUUGUUUCAAAUAUAAACUUUACCUGUGCUCAUAUUCAUUUCACAACUGGAUAUAAUUAUAACAGUACUCAAACUUUUAUUAUAAAAGAGUAUAUUGAUGGACAUUUCAAAGAACUGAUGAACUGCAAGGACGUAACAGCGGGAAAAGGUGGCGAACCUUUUACAUGCGAGCUGUGUGAUCUUUUUGAAGAUACACUGUAUAAUAUUACUGUUGUAGCAAAUAACAGUCGUGGUGAAUCUGAACACAAUCCGGAAUCUGUCAAAUUUUCAACAUACGGAAAACCUAAACCAGACCCGGACCAUCCGAGUAAUACAACGUUUAAACCACGCCUAGGAAACACUGUAACAUUAAACAUUCAUGUCAUUAGUCAUCCUCCUCCCAGCUUUGCCUGGGUUCAUAACAACAAAGAUGUCAGCAGUGUUGACACAAACCAAAGUAGUGCCGUAGAUUUGAAGAAUUUUGAAGUAAAAGAUUUUGGAGAAUAUUUACUUAAUGUUUCAAACGAAGUAGGAUCAUUUUUAAGAUUGUACGAGAUUUUGGCGGAUGGUCCCCCAGACAGCGUUACUGACCUGUCAUAUACGGAUGUUGCUGCUGAUUCUGUGGAACUACAUUGGAAAGCUGGUUUCGAUUAUGGAAGUACACAAACCUUUCAAGUACAUGGAACAGUUAAUAAUAAAGCUUUACAGAAUGUCAGCGAAAUACAGGACUCAACAGGUGGAAAAGGGGGAAGUUCUCAUUUUAAGUUAGAACAUUUAGAGAGUUCAUCUCAGUACAUAAUUACCUUAACUGCAAAAAAUGCUAAAGGCGAAGCGAAAAAAUCUAAUGAGGUAUCAUUCACUACACAAGGUGAGUUUUUAUCUUAAUUAUCUAUAAUAUAAAAUUUAA